AUUUUUAGUUUAGGAAACAAGAGCUUCAAACUGUGUUUCUCAAUAGGAAAUACUUCAUACCUAAUACAAACUUACAAAAACUGGACUGAUGCUCAGAGCUACUGUAGACAACAUUACACAGACCUGCCCACCAUCCGCAACUCUGCAGAAAAUGACCAGAUAAAAAAAAAUCUCUUAUCUGGAUCUUACAUCUGGAUCGGUCUGUUCCUGGACUCUUGGGAAUGGUCUGAUAAAUGGAGUCGCGUCUUCAGACACUGGGCAGCAGAUCAACCAUUCCUGAAUCCAGGAUCUGGAGACUGUAUUGCGAUGUCAAGAAACAACUCUGGCAGAUGGGCUCAAUACAGCUGUGAUCUCAAGCAGCCUUUUAUCUGCCAUGGGGACAUUAGGAAACAAAUUGUGAGACUGAAAGUCACAUGUAAGGGAAAAUGUGCAUUGGAUGAUUCUUCACUACAGACGGCCAUUCUGAAUGAGAUAAGUGAAAAGCUGAAGAACAUGAUGUUGGACACUGACAACAUAAUAAGCUUGAGAAAGGGGGAAGAUGGAGGGCUGUUUCAUAAGGAGAACAACCAUAUGGUGAAUUAAGAUGAUAAAUGUAAUAGGGAACUGUAAUGUAUGUGGUUUAAGGUUCAAAAAAU